AUGGUUGAAUUAGAUAGUGAAAGUCCUUUCAAGAGACCCGGAGCAGUGCCUUUUAACUGGGAGAUCCGACCCGGUAUACCCAAGACCCGAACCCAACCCGACGACGAUGGUCCCACUCUCCUUAAACCUCCCAAGAAACUUUCUACUCUCCGAAUGACAAAACUUCCACCGUCUCUGUCGUCUUCUCCUGCGGUCUCUCCCUUUGCUCCUCCUCCUCCUUCGUCUUUCAAGAUCAAACCGCGUCAAGAUUCCCGCUCUUCAGGACCACCACCGGCUCCAUAUUGGCGAUGUUCAUCAGCUCGAGCUACAACACGCGACUCCGGUACUGCUACUAAUUGGCGACGGUGGAGUCUUCUCAAGCCAUUGCUUCGGUUCAAGAAGAGUAAGACCCGCGACGUGAAAAACAACACCGGUUUGGAUUCGACGACGACGACGUCAUCGGAAUCUGACGUUUUCUAUGACGCAGAAACGAAGUCGUUUUCGUCAUCGGAGGAGUCGUCGUCAUUGUCUUCGUCUUUUCGUGUGAAACAUAACGAGUCUGAUUUAAGCUCUGCUGAGAAAAGAAUCAUAUUAAUGAUGGAACGUGACCGCCUCGAUUGGGAUGUGGUACUCUAG